AUCGCAUGAAUGAGGCAUGUGCAGCCUGCUUGGAUGGUAGUAGUCCUCUGUAACACCAGACUUUGGUAACGCUACCCGCUACACUUUCUCCCACCAUACAGACACGUGUCGCAGAUUCAGGUUGGUUGGUUGGUUGGCUGUCUUUGAAAACAAGCUGUAGUUUUAUUGCGCUUUAAUUGCGGCCAUACCUAUGUAAACGAGUUGAACGCUAAACAGGUCAGCUUAGCUAAUGCGGUCUGGUUGCAAACAACAUAGCAUAACGUUAGUUCUUUUACUAGGCUGUUACCCAUAUCGCGUUCCUUCCUUCAGCGAAAUAAUACGUCUUUACAUCUGUCCACGCAUCUAUUGCAGUUCUGUGUAGCAAAACAGCGGGUUUGCUAAACCAAGUUUGAACGGCCGCAGCUGUAUCAAGACCACGUUUGUGAAACGACUCUAUUCCAUCCACUUAAUAUUAAAGCUCUAGCUUCGCUGCAGAGUUCGGUGUCAAAAUGUCAGAAGCUGUCGACAAGAAAAGGAACAGAAAACACUACGGUGGUCAGCGGAGUAAGAGACAGAGAGUUUCACGGGAACUUGACGUGGGAAUGCAGGGUAUCCUCAUCACCUGUAACAUGAACGAGCGGAAAUGCACAUCAGAAGCCUACAACCUUCUCAACGAGUAUGCAGACGAACUCUACGGGCCGGAGAAAUUUGCGGACGGACAGGACAGCGGCAGCGAAGAAGAUGGCAACGAGGAUGAGGAUGACGCCGAGGCCGCCCUGAAGAAGGAGGUGACGCAGAUGCGGGAGUCGUCGGCGAAGGGCCGGAGACGCUUCCAGGCCAUGGGCAGCGGCGCCAACAACGUGGUGUUCAUCCGCACACAGAACCUAGAGCCCGACCAGCUGGUGCACCACAUCCUGCAGGAGCUGCACACCACCAAGAAGAAGAAGUCGCGCGUCAUCCUGCGCAUGCUGCCCGUGUGCGGCACCUGCAAGGCCUUCCCCGAGGACAUGGACAAGUACCUCAGCAGCUUCCUGGAGCCCUUCUUCAAGGCCCCCGCCCAGGCCUCCUACCAGAUCGCCUUCAAGGCCCGCAACAGCAGCCACAACAAGAGGGACGACGUCAUCAAGACCCUGGCAGCUCUGGUAGGGAAGUUGAACCCCAAGAACAAGGUGGACCUCACCAAUCCAGAGCUAACGAUCAUCAUCGAGGUGAUCAAGAGUGUGUGCUGUGUGAGUGUCGUCAAGGACUACAUCCUCUUCAGGAAGUUCAACCUGCAGGAGGUGGCGAAGAACGACAGCGCCCCCUCCCAGGAGCCUAAAACGACCCCCGCAGCCUCCUCCUCCUCCUCCGACAAACCUCCACAGGCCGACCAGGAGCAGCCGGAGCAGAAGAAAGGCGAGUGUGCUGAGGCGGCCGAGCCCCAGACGACAGAAGCUACCGGAAACGGAAGCGCCGAGCAGUGCCGGACGAACGCAACCCCGGCCGAGGGAGCGGAGUGAGGGGUACAGGACGGACUGGGCCUUGAGUGUACUGUACUAUACUGUACUGUACUGUACUGUACUGUACUGUGCUGUGCUGUGCUUUGCUGGGGUGGGCUUCCCAAAAAGCAUCAUGUUGCGCGGCCGCUGAGGCGUGGCAGGUUGUGGCACCAUCACCAACGCUUUGAGGGAAAUCCACCUCUGUGUGGCGCAUACAGUAUGGUAGAUACAAGUGCCCUGUCGUGGUCAAGGUUGUUCUCUCUUUUGUUGCUGUUUCUUGUUUUUUUUUUUUUUAAAUUCCGUUUGACAUAUUUCGGGGUUUUUUUUAGUUAAUUUUAUUUCCCAUCUGCUUUUUUUUUUUUUUUUUUUUACAGUAUUGUUUUAAUGUACCUGCUGAAUACAGCUACUGACCACAACAGGAGUGUGGUACGUUAACAGGUGUGCUUUUGUUUUCUAAGGUUUUUAGUGCUUUAAAAACUGUGACCGGCUUUGGAUUUUGAUUUACAUAACAAAAGCCCUGAGAGAGGCUGAGUAAUUUAAAUCGUUUUACCUUUACUGUUGUUUUGUUUUGUUUUUUAAACUUUGAGGAAACAUUUCCUUGUAUUUUAAAUGUUAAACUUGAGGUAAAUAACUCAACAUUGAUGAAUUGUAACUAAGUUGUUAUAGAAUUUUUGUGUGUUGUGUGGAUCUCUUAACAAUCAAUUAGCGACUCCAUACAAUGUGUAAACACAUUAUACAAGUUUAAUAACAGGACUAAAAUGCAGAUUUUUCCCCUGAACAAAUCAGUUUUGAAAAUAAAUAGAAAUAUUCUUCA